AACGAGCAAGCAGACUCCCGCAAAUGGAUUCAAUCCGUGUUUGGAUUUCGUGGUGCAGAAUAAUAAUGGGCUGACUAUUGUUGCCGGUAACGAUUUCCAAGGUCGACGAUGGAAUUCCAAUUUUUACGGUUGGGAAGGAUUGGAUUAUUUACCAGACCAGUCAAAGUCGUGCUUCAAACAGCAGUGCCGAUACAGCAUAACGGGGCUUAAAUUUACAAAGGAUCCAAAUCUGUUCGUUUUAGGCAAUGACAAAGGCUCGGUCGAACUAUGGUCUGCCUUUAAUCCAGCGCGAGGUAACAAUUUUUCGCUUUUCCAAGUGGACGGUCAAGCUGGGCAUGCCGAAGGGGUCUCGGCAAUGGAUAUUUUGGAAGCCGAAGAUAACAAAUUGGUGACCGGUUCCAACGAUGGAUGUCUGACGGUUUGAAACUCGGAAGCUUAUUUGCGGUCUGUGAGCACAAUGCGUGGAGCACACGCAGAUGAAAUCAAGGGUUUGUCAGCCAACCGGAAGGAACGAUCGCUAUUUGUCAGCUGCUCGCUAGACAAAUCUUCCCUUUUGUGGGAUUUGAGAAUUCCACGACCGGCAUCGGCUCUUUUCGAGCAUCAUCGAUAUACAUUUAGCACCAUUUAUUGGACUUCCAAGAAUGAGGCCAACCGUUUGGUUGCACUUGGCGAUGACGCGGGCUAUGUUCACUUCGUGGACACCCGGAAGCCGAAUGUUUUUCAGCGUUCCGAGAAAGUUUUCGGGAAACGAAUUCAUAAAAUUUCCUUCAAAGGGUCCCAGUUUGCAGUUAUUGGUUAUACCAACAAAAUCAAGUUCUACGAUGAAUGCUUCUCGCUACUGUAUGAGUGUUCUCCAGCACCAAACUACAUCCGUGACGUGCUGUGGGAAACGGACUUGUCCCCAGAGUUUGAAUCUAACCAUUCCACAAGUUGUUGGUUAAUCGGCUGGGACACGUUUUUCCAACGAUUGGAAUUUUAGAAGGUUUCCAACGUCGAACAUCAAUCGAUGGAUUUACCCUUGAACGGUAAUGGACAGAUACAUCAUACGUAUGACUCUUCCCUAUUUUUGGUUAUAUGAUUACUGAGACGCUUCUUGCCAUUUCAAGAAAUGGACUAUAUGAAGUUAGCUGAACUUGAUGUUCAUUUGGAGGUACUUUUAAUGAACUAUGAUUACAUUACAAACGAACGACCUGUAAAUUUUCAGAACAAGUAUAAAUCUAUAACAUGAACGCGAUUCGAUCUAACAAACUACAGGUAGAUGAGAUUGGAGCUCAAUUCUUUGGACCCGUGGCCUUUAAUUUUUUAUUAUUGUUGUGAUAGGGCGGCAAAUGAAAAGCGAUGCACUGGUACUGAUAGCAGACUAUAUUUAUAGUUUUGUAGUGCUUCAAUUCUAUGGAAUAAAAGAUGAGUUAUUACAAACAUGGUUCAAAAUGGUUUUAUAGGUUAGAACUUACAAAUCAGUGACCCUAGCUAUUCAGGCCCUAAUACAACUCAGUUCAACCUCGUAUCGAGAGCAAAGAGUCCUGUGGACAAUAUUCUGGGUAAUUUGCGGCGUUAUACAAUAAAAUUAAUUAAAAAUUACCGAUUUGCUACUUUUAGCACUCUGUUCAACAGAGAUGUUCAACCCAAUAUCAGCGCUUUUGCCUGACACUAAAAUACAAAAGUUAAUAACGAGCCACUCCAAACUACAUGUAUACCUACAUGAUCCUACGCUCCUGAUUCCAAAAAUCAACGAUAAUAAA